AGCUCUGGCUGGGUCGUCGCGCUCGCCGCUCCAUCUUGAGUAGAAUAUAGCUUGUGUACGGUGCGAGUGUAUUUAGUGCGAACAAAAUCCGAUGUUUAUAUUUUGAAGUGUACAAAACUAAAUCAAGAAAUGUCUUCGAAUAACCAGAAGCUAUCGACCACUCAACGUAUGAUACAAGCUGUACCGUUCCCGCCGAGCCAUAAGUUGACCGUGGCCGAGGUGUUCGAUCCGAAGAGCGCGAAGCCGAAGCCCGACGUGCUCAAGCAGCACUUCAUCCUCGAGGGGCGCAUCGAUGAGGCGGCGGCGUUGCGCAUUAUCAACGAGGGCGCGCAGCUGCUGCGCGCCGAGAAGACGAUGAUAGACAUCGAGGCUCCCGUCACAGUAUGUGGCGAUAUACAUGGUCAGUUUUAUGACCUCAUGAAAUUGUUUGAGGUGGGUGGUCCACCUGCUACUACAAAGUACCUUUUUCUUGGUGAUUAUGUUGAUAGAGGAUAUUUUAGUAUAGAGUGUGUAUUGUACCUGUGGGCAUUAAAGCUGUGUUUUCCAACUACUCUUUUCCUACUACGAGGAAAUCACGAGUGCCGGCAUUUAACAGAAUAUUUCACGUUUAAACAAGAAUGUAAAAUAAAAUAUUCAGAACGAGUGUACGACGCCUGCAUGGAGGCCUUCGAUUGUCUACCAUUGGCAGCGCUCAUGAAUCAACAGUUCCUGUGUGUACACGGAGGUCUUUCACCAGAAAUUCACAAUUUAGAAGACAUACGAAAGUUAGACCGAUUUAAAGAACCUCCCGCCUUUGGUCCAAUGUGUGACCUCCUCUGGUCAGAUCCCUUAGAAGACUUCGGUAACGAAAACAACGCUGAACACUUUUCACACAACUCAGUAAGAGGCUGCUCAUAUUUUUACAGCUACGCUGCCUGUUGCGACUUCCUACAAAACAAUAAUCUUCUUUCAAUAAUUAGAGCGCACGAAGCUCAGGAUGCUGGAUAUAGAAUGUAUAGAAAAAGUCAAACUACCGGUUUUCCUUCAUUAAUAACAAUAUUCUCAGCACCAAAUUAUUUGGACGUAUAUAAUAAUAAGGCAGCGGUAUUAAAAUACGAAAACAAUGUGAUGAACAUUCGCCAAUUCAACUACUCGCAGCACCCGUACUGGCUGCCCAACUUCAUGGACGUGUUCACGUGGUCGUUGCCCUUCGUCGGCGAGAAGGUUACCGAGAUGCUCGUCAACGUGCUCAACAUCUGCUCGGACGACGAGCUGGUUUCUGACGGAGACGAUGCCCUCGAAGAAGCGAAACAGGCUAAAAUAGUUAUUAAACAACCUGCUAACUUAAGGAAGGAGGUUAUUCGCAAUAAAAUCCGAGCAAUUGGAAAAAUGGCUCGUGUAUUCUCUGUAUUAAGGGAGGAGAGUGAAUCUGUUCUACAACUCAAAGGACUUACGCCGACAGGGGCGUUACCAUUGGGAGCUCUAUCUGGUGGAAAAACCAGCCUCAAAAACGCUCUCCAAGGCUUCUCGCCCAACCACAAAAUCACCAGCUUCGCGGAGGCGAAGGGUCUGGACGCCAUCAACGAGCGCAUGCCGCCGCGCAAGGACGCUCCUCCCUCCCCGGCGGCGGAGGAGCCCGCGCAGUCGCAGGAUCACAACCACAUGCCGCAGGCCAACGCGCACUCGUGAGCUGCGCAGCGUGAGGUCGCCUAGUGCGCGGUCGAGGUCGCGCCGAGGCUCUACGCCAGCUGCAG